ACUGUCUCUCUGUGUUUUGUGCGGCCUAUGAAAGGCUUUUUGCCCCGAACGAAGCGCAGUAACCCCAACUGCUCGGAGGCAGGGCGAGCCGCAGAGGCCAGAACUUGCGAGGGGCUUCCUACGUCAACUCCAGAAUCUCUCUCGCUCGCCCCACGGACGCCGCGCAGGAACCUGCCGGACAGGCACGAUGGAGCCUCCAGCCACCUGGAUCUCUGUCGUCGGCUCCACCUGUGAGAAGCUGCUCAGCGCCGAGUCUGAGAUCUCGGAUGGAUGUUUAUUCUGAUCCCCGGAGAGCAUCACGUUGGGAGAUAGGAUGACGAUUGAGCUUCAGGCCUCUGAAGACAGCAACGCCGGCUGUGGCUAUGUGGACGCUUUAAGUUGUGCCGAAGAGCUGGAAUGUAAGAUCUGCUACUCUGCGUACAACUUGGGGGGCCGCAGGCCGAAGGUGCUGGAGUGCUGCCACCGCCUUUGCUCCAAGUGCCUUGUGAAGAUCCUGGACCUUGGCGAAUCGCCCCCCAACGCUCUGGUCUGUCCCUUCUGCCGCUACGUCACCCGACUGCCGGGGGAGGCGGCCAGCAGCCUGCCGGACGACUGCAACCUGGUCGCCACCUUGGCCCUCCAACGGAGGAAUCAGAGGAACUGCAACUUCCACCAGGACGCGAGCGCAGAGCUGCUCCUCAGCCCCCGGCGCCUGAGCUCCAUGAUGGCCGGCUCUUCCCCCAUGAUGCCCCCUUCCUCCACCGCCUACUCCACCAUCCGGAGCUCCCCGAACUUCGUGGUCAUCACCGUCAUGGAGCCCCCGCCGGCGUCCGUGCCCGUCCCAGAGCGCCACCGUUACCCGUGCGAGGCCGACGCGUCCAACCAGGGCUUCCACUCGUCCAGCCUGGACUCCAUCGCCUCCAUCACGCAGCGCUGGACGGUGUGGAACUGCGCGGCUCUGCUGUGCCAGACCUCGGCCCGGGCCCUGGUCUGGGUGCUGGGGCUGCUGUACUUCAGCUCGCUGCCCAUGGGGGUUUACCUGCUCAUCAUGCAGAGGACGACAGCAGGAGUUCUGCUGGUGAGCCUGGUUCCCGCCAGCCUCAUCAUGAUCAUGAUCUACGGAUUCUGCCAGUGCAUCUGCCACGAGUUCUGGGAUUGCAUGCCGCCGUAAAAAGCGACCAAAUUAACGGUCCAUGCCUGACAAAGGGACCCCGGAAUUCACUAAUGGGGGUAUUGCAGCGUAACCAGCCAUGUGAGGAGUUACGUGAACCGAGAAAAAAAAAAAAAAAAUCGGCGAAGAGAGCAAGAAAAUUUCCAUUAUUAUAUGUGUAAGUUUGUUCAUUUUUAACACCUUAUUACACAAUAGUGCUCUAAGUGUUAGAGUUAUAGGAUCUAAAAAAGCAUCUGCUUAAUUAAAAGCCUAGUUUUAUUGAGAAACCUGAAGGAAAGUCGGCUCUGGUGAGACUGUAUCACAUCCAUAACUGGAUCAGCUGUAAAGUUUGUUUCUCAGAGCCCAGCGAGUGUAUAAAAGAGCACAUUUAGUCCAAACUAAAGUUUCAGUGACUGAAAGAAUCAAAUGGAAGCAUCACAAAUUAACAGGUUGUUAAGUCGUCUGAUCGGAACAUGAACUAUUAAAAGAAUGGGUUAACACUUUUAUUGGUUAUUUUUCUUGUUUUUGUUUGGGGAAAACAAAUGGCAGACAUUGACAGGGUCAAACACGGAAGUGUGAACGUGGGAAGCCAGCGAUGGAUGGCUCCUCGUUACCGUAA